GACGUUCUUUUGCAUCGCGCACAUUCCGUCGUCAUCCAUCAGCGUAAACAUUGCAUUUUCAUUCAUCUUCGCAGUGCUUUGAAACUGGUUUGAAUGAUUUCCGAGUGAUAGGGAAAUUCCCGUGUCGUAGGUUAUCUCCGUGGUCUCUAAAAUAUGCUAAAGCAUUUGCUGUACUACAUUUGCUUCACGGCGAUUGCCACAGUUGCCGAACAAGCAGACGUCUGGAAGGGUAAAUGGUUUCCCAAUGAUGUGAGGGAAGCCCCGUCCGGUGCGGCAAUCCAGCAAGAUGAACACGGUCGGAUAUUGAUGGGCGUCCAGAAUCCGGACUGCGACGAUGCCAAGCGAAACCUGUCGACGGAUUUCGACCCGUACGACGUCCGCCAUUCGACAGUGUAUUUGUGUUUGGAUAACAGGCACGACUAUCGGGGCGACUACAAUAUGGAACCGCUGAUAACGCUGUACGACAUUCCGGACUCGUACGUGGCUAUUCACAAGUGCAUGAACACGAGCAUUGAGUACGACGAGCGGAUUCCAACUUUUGGAACUCACCGCCCACUGUGGCCACGGUACGGUGAAUACAAAUACGUCCCAACGCAACGCUGGCUGCACAACGCCGAACACGGUGCAAUCAUUGCCCUGUAUCAUCCCUGUGCGAACAAGGAUCAAGUCGAACAGUUGAAACGCAUCGUCAAGAGUUGCCUGUACCGGCACGUAAUCACUCCAUCCGUGCUGCCGUCCAAGGAUCGCCCGUUCGCGCUAGUGGCCUGGGGUGCACUGUUGGAGUUUUCCGUGCUGCAGCGGGAGGUGCUGGAGGACUUCAUCCGGGAGCAUGCGUUGAAAGGUCCGGAACAAACGGCUCGCGAUGGCCAGUAUGACCAUUUGCUGUUGGCACCGGCUGAGGUCGUUUCCACCCAGGACGACGCCGAGCUCUGUCCCAAGCUGCAGCAUCGACGAAGGGACUGAGAGUAAGUUGCAACGAUUUCCUACAAAUUAGAGAAAUGAGUCGCCGAUUUCAGUGUUUUUGGAUGGUCGCAUAGAAUGCAUCCGUGAACUUUUUCAAUUUUUACCAAUACCGUCAAUUUUCAUCGAAAUCCUACCGCUGAAUUCGGGGAGUCGUUUUUAGUGUGAUAUCCGAACUAUAUACGACAACCAACUUUUGCCAUUUUUUGUUAAGCAAUAAUAUUCCAGAAUCUUUUGAAAGUCAUUUUAAACGUACUACACUAUUAUGGUAGCUUUUAUAACACAAGAAGACGAAUAGCUAAUAUUAUGAUGUAGGGUGGGGCGGGGCAAGAUGAGUCACCUAAGGAUGGAUCACCAUAACUUUGUAAAUACAAAUCGUAUUGGUUUGUAUUCGUCCGCUACUCUUUAUUACACUAGUUAGCUAUGCUAAAAGUCGAUAAAAAGUUCAUUAAAUACAAAAUAUGACGUUAGACAAGCAAUUUUAAAAAGUGAUCGAUUUUGCACCGUGAAAAAAGUGCGGGGCAAGAUGGGUCACCUUUUAAGUAAUUCACAUUUUCUCAACGAAAAACGUCAAAAUAUGAGAUUUGUUCGGCAUUCAUAUAUGCUCCAUAUCCAUACUGAGUAAACAAGAGCUACUAGUGAACAUUUUAUCAAUUUAUUUGGAAUAUAAAAAACUUUACGAUUUCAGUGGUCCUAAGGCGACUUGAAAAUCGAUGUUUUCACUAAAAAAAUAUCAUAAUUUUAUGUUAUAAUUUUGAGCGUUCAUUCUGCUUGAUUGAAGUCGUUUAUGAGAUAGUCUUGUAAUAAAAAAUAAAUAACUUUGGAAUGCUCCAAAAAUACGUUCAAAAUUGAAGGUGACCCAUCUUGCCCCGCGACCGUUUAUAUGGGGAUUAUAUGGAAUGCAUCGCAUAAGAAAAAUGGCUAAAAACCAUUUUAUUUUUUAAUUCCAAUGAGAGUGAAUAAUUUUUCAAUCAAUGCUCCAAACUUUUGUAUAUUCAUGCUGGUCAUCUAACAAAAUUAUUAACAUAAUCAAAACAUAAGUAAUGCGCCCGAAAAUGGCACUGACCCAUCUUGCCCCGCGACCCAUCUUGCCCCGCCCCACCCUACUAUGGUCAAUGAUUGUUCGGUGUAUGUGACCAAUGUUGUGUGUGUACUUGUUUCAAACUUGUAUCAGAAUACAUAACCACAGAAACCUAUAUCUGUUUGUUAAGAUUUUUGAAUAUUCGUGUAUCCAUGAUAAAGCUUUUGUGUGGAAACAUUUUUGAAUGUAGGUUUUAUCGUUCUUUUCCAUCGUAAACGGAAACAAAAGACUAUACAAUAUAUUGUGCAUAUUAAUAUAGAAGAUAUACAAAAUA